CUUUCUGCAUUCUUCCAAGUUCCAAUUUCCCUCCCUUCUUCUUCCCCCAUCCCCUUUUUCCUUCUUCCCUAAGCAAAAUCCCAAACCCCAUUUCCCUCCAAAUCCCUAGCCAUGCACGAGACCGAGCUCCACGAUUUGUCCGACGACGCCGAUUACGCUGCCUCUGUCGAGCAAGCGAGUGUCAUGCUGACGAGAACCGAGAGCGGGAGUAGGAGUUUUCCCAGCGAGCCGGAAGGUGCUGAACUGAUUUAUUCGAAGGAUAAUGUCACGAUUCACCCGACGCAGUUCGCUUCAGAGAGGAUCAGUGGAAGGCUGAAGCUGGCUAAGCAAGGGGAUUCAGUGUUCAUGACAUGGAGUCCAUACAAAGGGCAGAGGUCCAAUGCUAGGCUUUCUGAGAAAGAUAGGAACCUUUACACAAUCAGGGCUGUACCUUUCUCGGACGUGCGUUCAAUUCGUCGACAUACACCAACUCUUGGGUGGCAAUACAUAAUUAUUGUGAUGUCUUCAGGACUUGCAUUUCCUCCUCUUUACUUCUACAAUGGAGGAGUGAAGGAGUUCUUUGCUACACUGAAGCAACAUGUUUUGAUUGUCAGGUCGUUGGAAGACGCAAAUGUAUUUCUUGUGAACGAUUUUCAGAAUCCUCUUCAGUCAUGGUUUUCCCCACUGCAGAGAACGUUGUCGUCCUUGGAGAUGCCCGGGGCUGUUUCCAUGGGAAGCGCACUGAGUAUACCUGAUUCGGGCAGUCCAUUGGCAUCCUUAACAGAUGGCGGUAAAAAUAGUGCCGUUCUUUCUCAAAGCAUUUUCAGGAACUGGCAGAAAGCUCAGGAUCCUGGCCGUGAUCUAUCUAUCAACGUCCUUGAAAAAUUCUCUCUCGUGACAAAAUUUGCUCGAGACACAACAACACAACUGUUCCGAGAAAAUAGCAACGGUUUUGCUGCUCUUGAUCCAAAAAAUUAUGGCAUUCCUCGACCUCGGCUUGAUGCCCCUUACCAGGAAGAGCAGGAAAAGAAGAAAGUUCCUGAAGAAACUCAUGUACCUGCAGAUCCUAUAGAGGUAAUGUUUUGUCUCCGGGCCUACUUUCCUCUUAUUCUAUUAGCAUUCUUUGGAAACCGGAAUUUGUUUGACUGUGUGCAGUUUGAUAAGCUAGCACUUGUAUGGGGCCAGCCGCGACAGUCUCCAUUAGGGCCGAUAGAGUGGGCCUCUUUCUUGGACUCAGAAGGGCGAAUAAUGGAUUCAAAAGCUUUAAGAAAGAGGGUAUUUUAUGGAGGAGUGGAGCACACAAUACGGAAAGAGGUUUGGGCAUUUUUACUGGGAUAUCAUGAUUACGAAUCAACUUAUGCUGAGAGGGAGUAUCUUAAGACGUCUAAGAGGACUGAGUAUAUGACGAUAAAGCAACAGUGGCAGAGUAUCUCGCCUGAACAAGCCAAGAGAUUUACUAAAUUUAGGGAACGGAAAGGACUUAUAGACAAAGAUGUGGUGAGGACUGAUAGGUCACUACCAUUCUACGAAGGAGAUAACAACCCGAAUGUAAAAACAUUACGUGAUAUUUUAUUAACGUAUUCAUUCUAUAACUUUGAUCUUGGCUACUGUCAGGGUAUGAGUGAUCUGCUCUCUCCAAUUUUAUAUGUGAUGGAGGAUGAAUCCGAAUCAUUUUGGUGCUUCGUGGAAUUGAUGGAACGCCUUGGACCAAAUUUCAACCGUGACCAAAGUGGCAUCCACGCUCAACUGUUUGCUCUUUCUAAGUUGGUAGAAUUGUUAGACGCCCCAUUGCACGACUACUUCCAGCCAAGAGAAUGCUUAAAUUACUUCUUCUGCUUCCGCUGGAUCCUGAUCCAGUUCAAGAGGGAGUUUGAGUAUGAGCAAAUAAUGUUCCUAUGGGAGGUGCUAUGGACACGCCAUCUCUCCGAGCAUCUCCACCUGUACCUGUGCGUCGCAAUCCUGAAGCGGUAUCGUGACAAAAUCAUGGGAGAGCAGAUGGAUUUCGACACGCUGUUGAAGUUCAUCAACGAGCUGAGUGGGCAUAUCGAACUGGAUCCCUUUCUCAGGGACGCCGAGGCGCUCUGCAUAUAUGCUGGCGAGAAUGGUGCGGCCUCCAUCCCACCAGGUACUCCCCCCUCGUUGCCCAUCGAGAACGAGAAUAGCUUGCUUUAUUCCCAGGACGACGAGGUUCUGUAAUCCAACCCAAGCCAAACUGAGAACCGUGUUUUGCUUUCCCUUUGUUGGUUUCCUAGGGAAGUUGAAUCUCUAGAUCCAUAUCAUUUCGUAUAUUUGCUGGUAUUUUUACAGAGCAAUUUACAGAAUGUAAUCGCAGCUCAUCAGUUUUCAUUUGAAUUCCCUUGUGAUUUACAUCAUUUGGCCGAAAGGGGCACGAAAUUUGGGACGUGAACGCAAGUGACUUCUCAACUAACUGAAACAAGGUCCGCCGAUUUACCUGACUUGUUUCGACUAGUUGAGAACUCAGCUAUCGAACCCCAUGAUCCGAAAAACACACAAAGUAGAGCUUAAUUAUGCAGAGUGCUAUGACCC